AUGGAAAUGAAAAAAAGAUGGCACGAAAUGAUGAAAAUUCGUGGCAAUCGCUUUACUUUUAGCAAAUUAUACAACAUUCUGUUGGAUCACUCUAAUUUGACGCACAACUAUUUAACAACAAAAACAGAGCCUCCUAUGUUUGAACACUGUAGGGACAACCUGACUAUCUCACAUGUAUUUAAAUGUGAAAACACUAAAGAUAAAAGAACCAUGCAUUCUGGACAUAGCGAGAUAAGCGAAAAUUUUAAAACUCGGGAUAAUCAGAUGAUAAUUUUUCUUAAAGAAUUGGGCUGUCACGUCAGAAUCAAAUUCAAGCCAGAAAUUAUGCUUCGAGUGGCAAGAACAAAAACAAAGAAAAGAAAGAGAAACAAAAUUAAUAAGUAG